AUGUCAAGUACAUCCAGAUAUCGUGAUGAUCCUUUGCCAAUCAAUAACAAAUAUCAAGUAUUUCUUGUAGAAGACAGCACCAGAGUCACUGAUUUGAUUGAAAAAGACAAAUCAAUCCCACAUGUCUCAAUGAUCGAUAGGUUUUGGGGUCACAAAACUCAAAGAGUAACGGCUCAACCUCUCCUUGAACAGAAGGAGUGCUCACAGGAGGAAUAAAAACAAAUAGAAAAGUAAGUUAUCAGAGAAGAAGCACCAGUACAUACUGAGUUGCCUAUACUAAAAUAGAGUAUGAGUUUAAAGAAAUUCAAGGAGAGUUUGAUGUUUGAUGAGAGAACAAAUUCAAUUCCUAAAAGCACUAAACAAAAUCCAAUCAUUGAUACUUUGAUGAGAGACAGUGAGAUCUUUUUGAAAAAAGGAGAGCUCUUAGAACAAGUGAAGAAUCUCAAGCGAUUGCAGGUGUUGAAGAAUUACGAAACCCAUCAUGUGAAUUUGCCUGGAGUGGGUAAAUUGCCAUACAUUAUAAAUGACUACCAUUCCAAAAGCACAAAUCCAGGAUAUUCAAGGAAUAAUAAGGGGAAUUUUUUCACCAGAUCACUUAUAUAUAUAAAGAUAUUUUUUAAAUUAAAAUUGCAUGAGUCGUCCUUCAGCUUCAACUUCAAGCAGCAGUAGAAGUUCGAGAUCCAGAUAUGGAAAAGAAGUCAAAGAAUUGCAAGACGCCUUGAAUCAGAACAAAAUAGAGUCUAAAAGAGAUGCCAUCAGAAAAAUUAUCGAUGCCAUGACAAGAGGCAAAGAUGUCAAAUAUGGAAACCUCAAAUUUAGAAUUAAAAAAGCUAGUGUACUUGUACAUCAUCAAUUAUGCAAAAAAUUAUGCCUGAUCUUGCUGUCAUGGCUGUCAACAGUUUCCGUAAAGAUGCAAGAGACAAGACAAACCCAUUUCUGAGAGCAUUGGCUAUCAGAACAAUGGGAUGUAUCAGAGUAAAGUUGAUUACAGAAUAUUUAUUGGAUCCAUUGAAAGAAUCCAUCAAAGAUGAAGAUUCAUACGUAAGAAAAACAGCAGCUAUUUGCAUUUCCAAAUUGUAUGAUGUGUCACCAGAACUCAUUGAAGAAUAGGGUUUAUUGAAGCUUCUGGAGAAUCUCUUAAAUGAUGGAAAUGCAAUGGUUGUUGCAAAUGCAGUCUGUGCAUUGUUGAUUGUUCAAGAAUCAAAAGGAACGACUAUGCUACAAUUGAAUUCAUUCACUAUUUAAAAAAUAUUAACAGCUAUGAAUGAAUGCAAUGAAUGGGGUGUUAUAUAUUGUUUAGAUGCUUUGGCUAUGUAUAUUCCUGAAGAUGGAAAAGAAGCAGAAGCAAUCCUAGAGAGAGUCAGUCCCAGAUUGAAUCACAACAAUCCAGGAGUCGUGUUAUCAGCAUGCAAAAUUAUGAUGAAAUUUUUGGAUUAUCUUUAAAAUCCAGAAACCAUUAGACAAAAUGCAUUGAAAAUGACUGCCCCACUGAUUUCACUUUUAAGUUUGGGCAAAGAACCAGAAAUUUAAUAUGUUGCAUUAAAAAAUAUUAAUUUGAUCAUUCAAAAGAGACCAAUCAUCAUUGAAAAAGAUAUCAAAGUAUUCUUUUGUAAUUUUAAUGAUCCAAUCUAUAUCAAAUUGUAAAAAUUGGAAGUGUUGGCAAAAUUAGCCAAUAACGAUAACAUCCAAUAAAUUUUACAUGAAUUAAAAGAAUACACUCAAGAAGUAGAUGUAGAAUUUGUGAGAAAAGCAGUUAGAACAAUUGGAAGGUGUGCUAUCAAAUUGGAAAAAGCAGCCGAAAAGUGUGUUACAGCUCUUUGGGAAUGUCUUAAAACAAAAGUCAAUUAUGUUGUUAUGGAAAGCAUCAUUGUCAUUAGAGAUAUCUUUAGGAAAUACCCUAGAAAGUAUGAAAUGAUUCUUAAGGAUCUUUGUGAAAAUCUCAAGAGUCUUGAAGAUCCAGAAGCCAAAGCUUCCAUGAUUUGGAUUAUCGGAGAAUAUGUUGAUACCAUUGAAAAUGCAGAUGCUCUCUUGUCCAAUUUCGGCGAAAACUUCAAAGAUGAACCUGCCAAUGUCUAACAUCAAAUACUAGUUGCCGUCAUGAAAUUGUUUUUAUAAAGACCCAAUGAUGGAAAAGAAUUAAUACACAAUCUUCUUAAAACAGCCACUAUUGAAUGUGAAAACCCAGAUCUCAGAGACAGAGCAUAUAUUUAUUGGAGAAUGUUAUCUACAGAUCCAGAAUUAGCCAAAAAAAUAGUUUUUACAGAAAGACCAACUAUCUCUGAUUCCAGUUAUACAAUUGAAAAUGAACUCUUAGAUAAAUUAAUCGAAAAUAUUGGAAACUUGAGUUCGGUCUAUACUAAGAAACCUGAAAGCUUUGUUAAGAAAUUGAGAGAUGUGUUAAAUUCCAAAAUUGCUGAUAAAGUUGAUGAGGUCUAUGAUCAGGAAGAAUUGAUGGAAGGAAGACCUGAAGAUUAUAGUGAUUCAUAGGGAGGAUAAUCCAAAGUCUAUGAAAAUAGUUAUGAUACAUCAUCAUAGAUUUAAUCUUAAGUUCAACAAUCAUAAAUAUAAUAAGUUUCUUAAAAAAUUGAUUUAUUAGAAUUAGAUGAACCAUAAUAACAAUAAAUACCAUAAUAAUAAUAAAUACCUUAAUAAUAAUAAUAAAUACCUCCUUAAUAAACCUUAUAACCCAAUUAAACCUAAAAUAUUAGAGUACCUUUUGCUGAGGUCUUAACUGCUAAUACUCCAGGAUCAUAAACACAGAUUUAAGGAUUAUCAAUUGAAGCUGCCUUCCAAAAGAAUGGCGACAAAAUUGUACUAGAUCUAAGAAUCACAAAUAAAACCUAAGAUAAAACAUUUUCAGAAUUCGGAUUGAAGUUCAAUAAAAAUCCAUUCAAAUUAUAACCUGAUUCUAUUGAAAUACCAUGUUAACCUGUAUUUCCAGGUUAAACUCAAGUUACAUACUCAUCCAUCAAUACUAAUGGUCCAGCUGCUGAAGAACCUCCUUAAAUGCCAUACAAAAUUUAAGUUGCUCUAAAGACUAAUUUGGAUGUAUUCUAUUUCCUUAUCCCAAUGUCUUUAAGUGUUUUAUUUAGUAGCACCGCAAGCAUUACUUAACAAAAGUUCAUUGAAUUGAGCCAAGCAUAAAAUCAAGCCAGAAAACAGGAAGUUCUUUAGAUUUAAAUCGAUCCAUAAAGAAUGAAAGAGAAGUUGGAGCGCAAUUACUUUUUCUUAAUUGGAGUGAGAAAGGAUGAAAGGGGUGUUGAAUUACUAUCCUAUGCAGCAUCAUUAGUUAAUGGAAUGCCAUUAUUGGUAAAUGUAAUCCAUUCACCAACUGCAAUCAAUUUGCAACUAUAAGUUCCUCAUCCCACAUUAAUGCCAUUAUUAUAUUAAGCAAUAGGAUUUAUUUUAACAUUAAAUUGAUAUAUAAAAUAAAAUCAUCAAGUUUAUUUAGAUAAAUAA